CACGCCAUGUUUCCUCACGAGCCCUUAACCUCGGACCUCUGAGGGUAAAGCAUCAUUCACAUGUAACAAAAAACAGUAAGCUGUAGCGAUCAAACAUGUGGAUCGCGAAACGUCUUCUGUCCUCUAUCGUCCUCAAAGGGCAUUACAGUCUGUUUUGUCGUCCUCCAAGCUCCUUGCCUGAAUAUGAGCUCCGAUUCUUGCAUUGCACCUGUUGCAAAAGGAGCAGAAUAAUGGUGUCUGGGUUUGACACCCUGAAUUCAUCCAUUUCAUCUGAAUUGUGCCAAGAAAACGACAAACUCCUGGACUCAUGUUAUACUACAGAGCAGCGUGCUGCCAUCCUCCAGCAUCUUAAUACAGCCACAGAGUCAGAACUGGCACAGGUCAAACUGCUGCGAGGACGGAAAGCUGUCAACAUCAUAGACUACAGAACCAGACAUGGACCAUUCAACAGUCUGGAGAGUGUCAUUAAUGUACCCUUACUGAAACACAAGAGUGCUGUCAUAGUCUUUGACUCAAUCCUCAAACCAGCUGACAGGAAAGAGAGGAAAAAGGGAAAAGUCAAUCUGGCUAAAUUUAUAAGACCUGAGGUUGACCGAGCUCUCUUGGAGGAUACAAGCUCUAUCGUGUCCAUUGUUUGUGGUACUAAUAAAAUUGCAUGGACACACAUGGAUCGGGCAAAAACUGUCUUAGACUGGCAGCAAGCAGAGUGCAAGAGUUUUAUGAAAGGAACGUACAUGGCAUCAGAUUAUUUGAAAGAUAUCUCUACUGUUAUUUCAAGCUUUCCUGCUGCUGACUUUUUUGUGGUGGAGAAGCCAAGCAUCUCUCCCCAGAAUACUUCUCUUUAUCCAGUCAUGGUCCAUCUCCGGACAGUAGAGGCCAUGCUAUUCGCUUUACUCACUCCAGCGAGGGAACCAGGAUGCCCUCCUAAAGUCCUUAACAUGUUACGCACAGCCAUUGGCCGCCAUUUUGACCUAAUAGUGGGAGAUUGUCGGACAAGUGGAGCUGAGACAGUAAGGAAAAUGAUGACGGAGUCCGUGAUGAAGCGAGACCCACGUGUUCUUUUCCCUCAUGACUUGGUGUUAAAGCACAGAAACUCCUUUCAGAUGAGCAGUAGGAAUAGAGGGGAAGAGCUGUGUGACGCUCUUCUGCAAGCUGUCGCAUUUUUCGAACUCCUGCAGGAGUAAAUCGCUACUGGAUGACCAUGUCUUAUUUGUUGGACUUCAUCAGCUGAAUGAUUAAUCAAGUUCCUUGAACAUGACAUAGGAUUUUAUUAAGUAUUUUUAUUUCCCUAACUGUUAAACUGGACUGUAUUGGACAAGCCUUAUAAAUUUAAAGGUUAAAUGAAGUCUACAGUAACAUGGUAUUGUACACCUUAUUUUAGCCCUGUUAAAACGCAACACUCAGUUUUAUACAAUAUUUAACUAGUGGUCAUUGCUCCACCUCUGUAUCCACUAAGAGUUAAAGCCCAAGGCUUGUAAUCAUAACAUUGUCGGUUGGAUACCCACAAAGAAUGAGCCAUCACCAUUAUGCACUUGAGCAAGGCAUUAAACCCCAGGUUGCUGCUCGAGGGGGAAUGUGAACUGUACUGUCCAGUGGGAAAGCUGCUUUGGGAUUAAAGAAAAUACUUAAAAAUGUCAA